UAACACAUCGCCAACACAAGACACGAGCGGAGUAAUCCAACACUGAUUUCUCUGCGAAUGAGCGAGGAACAGACGAGAUGCCCAAAACUCCAGCGACAAGUAUUAUUGGGACUUUAGGAAACCUCACCGUGUGACUAACUGAAAGAAACCGAGAAGACCUGAAGCGACGAGGAGGCGUAAAGAGCCGCGGGCUUGUUCUUCAUGAACUUUGGGGAGCGCUGUGACCAUGCAGCCUUUGAGCUAGUGCACGAUUAUUGUUUCCACUUAUCACCCAACUGAGUGACCAGUCUGAGAGAGGAAGACAGUCAAAACAGGAAAGGAAGACUAUUAAAGACAGUUGUCGUUGAAAGUAAUGGUCUGAAGACAUCACUCAUAGAACAGGAUUUUUUGGUUCCCUUUUGCGUUGCUCUUCUGAAGGUUCUGGAAUCACUGGGACAUUCACGAGAGCUGGAGGGACGCAUCCACAUGGUCCAGCCGUAGAGUGAAAGUAGAGUUCUUCACAAUAUCCUAACAGGUGCCACGUGAUGAUGGUAGAAUCAGCAACUGAGACCAUUCGAACAACACCCUCCAAUCAAAAUGGAGUCAGCAGCCUAAGCAGCCAGUCAGACGGCGGAGGAAGAGAGGGCGGGUCCAACGGUGACAUCAAUGGGGAGAUCAGCCCUUUGGAUUUACUGCAUCUUCAACAGCAGCAGGCCCUCCAGGCAGCACGCCAGUUCAUCCUCCAGCAGGCCACAGGACUCAACUCCCCCAGCAGUAACGAGGUCAAACAGAGCCCCGUGCAGGUGCCGGUAUCCAUGGCGAUGAUGACCCCACAGAUGAUAACUCCUCAGCAGAUGCAGCAGAUCCUCUCUCCGCCUCAGCUCCAAGCUUUACUCCAACAGCAACAAGCCCUUAUGCUGCAACAGCUGCAGGAGUACUACAAGAAGCAACAGGAGCAGCUGCACCUCCAGCUCCUUACCCAGCAACAGCAAGCAGGGAAGCAGGCCAAAGAGCAGCAGCAGUUGGGGAAUAAACAGCUGGCUUUCCAGCAGCAACUGAUCCAGAUGCAACAACUACAGCAGCAACACAUUCUGAAUCUACAAAGACAGGGCCUGGUGAACCUACAGCCAGGACAAGGAGCAAUACCCAUUCAGAGCCUGCAGCAAGCCAUGUGUCCCACUGACCUGCAGCAGUUGUGGAAGGAUGUGGCCUGUGUUCAGAGCACAGAGGAGGCCAUGAAACACGAGGGCCUCGAUCUGACCACCAAUAGCUCCAACACUACCUCAUAUUCAGCCUCCAAGGUCUCACCUCAUAUCCCCCAUCAUCCUUUGCCAAAUGGACAGAACUCUGUGCACACUCCAAAGAGAGACAGAGCAAGACUCUUUGAGUGGAUCUCGUCCUUCACCAAGGAGUCCAGUGACGAGCAUCUCACGCCUUAUUCCAAAGGCACUCACCUGCAGAGCACUCACUCAACCCACGAGGAACACACGGCCUCCCACCCACUCUACGGACACGGCGAGUGCAAGUGGCCUGGCUGCGAAGCGCUCUGCGAGGACAUGGGCCAGUUCAUCAAGCACCUGAACAGUGAACACGCCCUGGAUGAUCGCAGUACGGCCCAGUGCAGGGUCCAGAUGCAGGUCGUUCAACAGCUGGAGAUACAGCUGGCCAAAGAGAGCGAGCGUCUGCAGGCAAUGAUGACCCACCUGCAUAUGCGUCCAUCUGAGCCAAAGCCUUUCAACCAACCUUUGAACCUGGCCUCUAGUGUGCCGUUGUCAAAAAGAGAAAGUGAGGGGUUUCUUGAGGGCUUGCCUCAUCCCCCCACCUCUGCCGCAACUCCCAUCACCCCCAUGAGGCAGGGACCCUCCGUCAUCAGCUCCUCCAGCCUGCACGGAGUCGGCUCCUCCAGCCUGCACGGAGUCGGGCCCAUCCGUCGGCGCAACUCCGACAAGUUCUGCACCCCCAUCGCUUCAGAACUUGCACAGAAUUGUGAAUUCUACAAAAAUGCUGAUGUCAGGCCUCCAUUCACCUAUGCCUCCCUCAUACGACAUGCCAUUCUGGAAGCCCCUGACCGACAGCUGACUCUAAACGAGAUCUAUAACUGGUUUACACGAAUGUUCGCCUAUUUCAGGAGAAACACAGCAACAUGGAAGAAUGCUGUGCGCCAUAACCUGAGUCUGCACAAGUGCUUUGUGCGGGUCGAGAACGUCAAGGGUGCUGUUUGGACCGUGGACGAAGUGGAAUACCAAAAGAGGAGACCACCAAAGAUGACCGGAAGUCCCACUCUCGUGAAGAAUAUGAUUACUGGGCUGGGAUUUGGGUCCCUGAAUGCCAGCUAUCAGGCUGCACUUGUGGAGAGCAGUCUUGGUCUUCUGAACAGCCCCACCCUGAUGAACAACAGCACAGGUGCGAGCCUCAACAUGCUGCAUGUCUGCCACGAUGAUGUCAGCAGCACUGUUGAACAAGUCAACAGUAAUGGCAGCUGCAGCCCUGGCCUUUCUCCACAGCAGUAUGGACACCAAGUCCACGUGAAGGAGGAGCCAGCUGAGAUGGAGGAGGACAGCAGACCUGUGUCCCUCAUGGCAUCUGUCACUCAAAACCUGUGCAUGCCUGGUGAUGAGCGCGACAUGGAUGAGGAGCUUCCCACAGAGGAGCUGGAGUAGGAGGAAGUGUUGGAGGCGGAGCUCACUGGCCCUGUCCCUCCCUCGUAUUCAAGAUGUUCAAGAUCAAGUGAGAAAACAAAGAUAAAAAACCAACUACAACUUAAGAAACCAAAACAGGGUUAGACCUCAUCAGUUCCCAAUGCAAAAACACGUUCCCCACCCUUAAUUUUUUGUUUCCUCACUCAGUCCCCUCGAAAAGGCCCUUUGAGCAGCUGUGCGUUCAUGUCCUCCUGUACUUCGAAACAUGGUCUGAUAGAAGUACGGACCACCGUGUCUAUAGCUACUGAGGGAAGCCUGACGUCAGUAUACAAGCUUAGUCAUUUUUUCCCACAAGUCACUCAAGGUUUCUCUAUUUUAAGUCGUUUUUAGCUUUAAUUUUUAUGUUCUUUGGGCCUAAGAACACUGCUUUUCCAUGGGAUAAAUACAAAGCGGUGAUUUACCUCAGAAACAUGUUCACAUGUUUGAAAAAAAGAGGAAAAAGAUGACAAACACACAUCUUUAGAAUGACUUAUUCAAGGGGAUGCUGCAAGACUCAGUAACUUUGCGGUCACACAGAUAAAUUCACCACUCUCGGCAAAGGCAAAGACUGAAACAAAGCGAGCUGAACGACUGGCAACGGUGUCCCUGGCCAUCUAACCAACUCAUUUUUUUUGUUGUUGUUGUCUCCCUUCCAUGACUGAACUAGAGAAACGGGGAGCGCGUUCUGUCUCGAGGCAGUGUUAGCCUCCGUUCAGAUGGUGGAUGAUUGCGCUGUCCCUAUCUUUAUCUGAUGGUAUCCGCAAGAAUCUGCUAGAACGCGUUUCGCUCUUUCCCCCUCGCUCUUUGUCAAACUAAACAUAGAAAACGUUGCUACCCCCAAAAAAGGCGUAUUUCAGGAAACUGAACUUUUUCGCUGUUGUUCUCCUGUGGUGCUGUUAUGACAGCCAGACUGAUAUGAGGCUUGUGGAGGACC